AUGAUUAAGCCAGUUCAACGAGUCGUGCAGUACCCUCUUUUGCUGAGAGCUAUUCAGUCUUGCUGUGAUCAGGAUAGUCUCCAGGCUAAGCAGGUAGAAGUGGCUCUUCAAAAGAUGCAGACUCUGGCUGAAUAUGUGAACGAAAUGCAGCGAGUUCAUGAACAGUACGCUUCACAUAUUGAUGCUCUACGUCGACAAAACGACGUGCUGUUUAGGGAGAAGGGUCUGCGAAUUGACAUCAGUGAUUUGGUGCUUUUCGCUCAUGUUCAGUGGUUGAACGCCGAAAAAUCGAUUCAAGAAUACGUCAUUUUUGUCUUUCACUCGCUGAUUCUUCUGCUGCCACGAAAUGCUAGGCGAGAUUGUAAGGUAGGAGAAGGAGCAGAGUGA